AAAAAAAAAGAAGACGCGGUACGUGCGUGGGCCUUUCUCUUGUGUCUCCGUCCCUCUCUCUUCUUGCCUGGGUGUGCAUGUGCUGGCGAUGCUUUGGUUCCAUGUCUGCAACCCCGUACGCAUGAAACCGAUCGACCCGGCCCUCCUUCCACGCGGGAUCUACCUCGCCUUACCUGCCCUUCUUCUACCACACACACCACCUCUUUUUUCCUUUCUAAUUGAGCUUAAACUUCAAGAAACAGCUUUGGUCCUUUUGUUCCCUCUUUUCAUUUUUUAUCAUUUACCUUACAUAACCUUACCAUUACCCGGGAGCUUAAACGCCCGUCUAGCCUUGUCGUUUGCUUGUCAUUGAAAGUAGUGCUCGCGACUUACGCAAAACUCCCAGAUCAACGAGGCAUAGCAUCAGAGCCGUCACCGCGGGUUUUUUUUUCAUCGACGUUGACGUCUUUCACGAGAGGUCUUUAGAGGUCGAACGACGCAGUCUUUGACA